ACCAUUUGACAGUUCUACCCAUUUUCACCGCAUGAAGACGUGUGUGGAUUUUACUGAAUGUGCAUAGAAAAUGGCAGAUUCCGAGGUUCAAAAGAAAUUGAAGGACAUAUCCUUUAAAAUCCAGACCGCAAGUUUGAAGGGUCGACGUGAAGUAGUGAAAGAAAUUCAGGAUGUUUUAUCAACAGAAGGCAUCACAGAGCCAGCAGUCCGCUAUGUCUGCCGAGUGCUCAUGCUCACGCUGCACCGGUACCGGGAUUCCACGUCCCAGUCCUACGUGAAGAGUUUGCUGGCCUACCUGGCUUCUAAUCACCGGGAAUGGACUCUGAGAAGCUUGCUGCCUGUGCUCCUGGAGGUCUCGGAGCAACUGAGGAAUACUGCUUCAUCUAAAAGCACAUGUCAGAGUGGGCUGUACGCACUGCGCUGGUCCACUGUGCUGGUGGAAGGGGCGCUGAAAGGCACAGAAGAGGAUGGAGUGGACUACCCUUCCCUGGUACUGGCUCAGGCUAAUCUGCUGGCGGUUGUCAUUGCUGGCGGAGAUAAAAGGCAGAAUGAAAAGGCUUUCUCCAAGCUGCAUACAUCCUGGCUGGCUAUUGGUAGUAAGCUAGCCAAGUGGCCUGAGGUCCUGUUAUCUCAAGCGCCGGAAAGCGGCCCACACAUCACUGUGGCCUUCUCGGCGCUAUGCCGCCACGCCGCGCUUACUGGGGACACCACACUUGUCGCUCCACAUAAGGCAAAAAUGCUAGAAAGCUUCACCAAAAGCCUGAUCAGCGUAAAAGCCCGCCCCAACGCCGCUUACAUCGCAGGCUGCACCGACCUGCUCCACCUACUAGACCGUUCUGAAAUCUAUGAAACACUGCUACCAGCUCUUCAUAAGGGCAUGCUGCGAAGCCCGGAGACCAUCGUAGAGGCUGUGGGCGAGGUCUUUGCUAAUCUGAAUGUGAAUUUGGAUGGGAUAGCAGUUGAUAUUGGGAAGAAUUUGAUUGUGAAUGUGCACUCAAAGGACGAGUGGGUGCGCGGCGAAGCCCUAUGCGCGCUCGAGCGUCUCGCACAGCGCUGUUCAGACCCUAAAGCGGCUGAAGACCUGCUCAAACAUGCCUUCGCCGAGUACCAUGGGGCUAGUGGCAAGCUGACUUCUAGCGAGGACAAGAUAGCCGUGCUCAAUGGCGUGUCUACCCUAACAGCACUCAACGUGCCCGCUGCCACUCGUAGCACCUUACUGAAGUCAGCAUGUGCCGGUCUAGCGCGCGUGUUGGAAAGCGAAUCCCAUGAGAAAACCCUCGUCGCCGCUCUGGAUGCCGCACAGGCCUGGGCGCGGAGCGCCGAGCCGCCGCUGCCUGUACCACUGUUGGACUUAUAUACGAAAAUCCAGUCAUCCAAGAACGCGACAGUAGGCGUGCGAGUAGCCAGCCUCUGCCUACUGUCGCGCGCCCUGCGCUGCGCCGCGGCUUCGCCUGCGCAGGAGCAAGCUCUGCGACCACCACUAGUACAGGCAGUCGCUAAGGCCGCUCAACAACCGCUACAGCACCCGGUAGUCCACGAGGGCGCAUGCGCGAUGCUGGCCCUAGUUCUCCUGGAUUCAGCGCGUGAACUGCCUUCACAACCAUCGUGGGUAGCGCUCACACACCCGGACAAACACGUUCUACUGCAUGAUCGGGCGCUCGCCGCCGCCGCCGAUGACGUCCUAAUGCAGGUGGUGCUGCUAUGCAGGACCGUAUUGGAGCACUACCCCACUAUCUCAACCGACCAGCACUCCCCAAUCUACCGCGCCUUAACCAUAAUGCUACUCUCACCCAUUAAAUCAGUCCGUACACUCGCUUUAGAAGAGGUGAAAAGUCUAUUAGCUAAAGAAGACAGGGCGCUAAUGGCGAGGUACUUGGUGUUGAAAUUAACUGAAGUGCUGGAGGAGAAGUUUGGGGGGAAAGAGAAGUCGCCCGAGGAGAAAGGGACGGAUGUUACGGGGAAGAUGGUUUUGGAUGCGGUGCAGGCGCUUUGUUCGUUUAGAGGUUACUCGGAGCAAGACGCGCAACUACUCGCCAUCGACGCGUUACGCGCGAGUCACCACCCUCUAGCGGUGGCCGUUAACAAGCGUGCCUGGGCUCGCACUGUUCGAUAUUUGAAACUGGACCCUAAGGCGUUGGUCGGACUCUAUGCUAAUAAUCUGAAGAAUUCUUACGUUUGCGGAUACACGCCGAGCGAGACUCUUUCCAACGUGGUAUCAACCCUAUCAUCGUGGAGCACUGACGUGGCUGGCGCGGCGGUUUCAACAGCGCUCAGAGCCCUGCAGGAUCCCGCACUACUGAGGGUGACCCGACACGAGUACUUCACCUAUCUGACUAUGGAGGGCGAGCUGUAUGACAAGAGCUGCGUACCCGGAAACGAAGACAACAACGCCAUGAACCUGAAGCGCGAAAGCAAAGCGUACAGCUAUAAGGAGCAGCUCGAAGAACUGCAGCUGCGGCGUGAAUUGGAGGACAAACGCAGGAAGGAAGGCAAGCUCAAAGAGGCCCCACUAUCGGCGAAACAGAAGGAGGCUAUAAAGGCACAACUGGCCAAGGAAAGUGCUAUACGUGAAAGAUUAACUUCUCUAAACAGCCAAGUGGAAAUAGCCGUCCGUCUCCUGGAGGCCGUAGGCUCCGGUUCCGUGCACGCCAUCUGUCUGCACGCGCGGCGCGUGGUGCCCGCUCUGUUAGGCGCGCUGCGCUCGCCGCUGGGCGCCGCGCCGGCCCUGCGCGCGCACCGCGCGCUGCCGCUGCUGCCGAGCGCGCUCAGGGAACAAGUGCACGCGCUCACUGUCAGACUCCACAAACCUCAAUGCGACCUGGACCCAGCGUGGGAGGCCGAAGACUUGGACAAGGCGACAAUCCGAACUAUAAACUUGAUACACGAGAUCACCGUGGGAACCAAGGAACAACUCGGAAAGCCGCUCAACGCUCCAGGCUUCUGUUAUGUGUUCCCGCUCCUCAAAAUUGGAAUGUCAGUAAACGCAAUCCGAGCCAAUGAGAAAGCGAUGCUAGCGGGGCUGGCGAUAGUGACCACGCACGCGGCGUUGCGCGGCGCCUCGCCGCUUCUGCAGCCCGCCCUUUUCCCCACAGACCACAUGUUUAGGACGCUAGUGGAGCUUGUUGGAAGCACAAGCGGACGGGUCCAAACGGCGUGCACGGUCGCUCUGUUAGAAACUGGUGACAUGGCGUCACGAGCACCGAUCACACAUGACGAUGUCGUUUGUUUACUGGCAGGUUUACAGAGCCCACUUGAGGUUGUCCGUGACGCAGCGUUAAGAACGCUCCUCCGCAUAGCGACUCGCUUACCACCACUAUUUGAGGACAAGGAUCAGGCUCUAGAAAUUAGCAAACGGCUGCUGGUCGCCACUUUUGACAUCGCUGAAGACAAUAAGAAACUAGCCCAAGAGCUAUGGGCAGCCGUCCCGGAAGCACAAGAAUGGAGCACUCGAGGAGAAAUGUUUCCACUAUUAUUAGUUGAAGUCCAACAUCCGGCCGAGCCCGUUCAGCGUGCCGCCGCCGCUGCCUUAGCUCAUCUUGUUAGUGUGUCUGCGUCAAAAGAGGACGGAGCAUCGGAGCAGAAAGAGAAAGAGACAGGACACCAGAUGGAACCCAUGACUCGAGCAGAGGUGUUGCGCGCGCUCCAGGACAUUUACUCUGAGAAGUUACCGAUGAUCCCCGCCAAACUGGACCAGUUCGGUCACGUGGUGGAGGAAGCGGUGGACGAGUGGGGCGCCCGCCGCGGCGUCGGCCUCGCGCUGCUCGCCCUGGCGCCGCACCUGCGCGCGCACGACGUCCCGGACGCCAUGCGCUUCUUCGUCGAACGCGGACUCGGCGACAGGGCCGAGAAGGUUCGAGCGGAGAUGCUCAACGCUGCUAUGGCUAUUGUUGAACUACAUGGCAAGGAAACGCUCGGCAGUCAACUCCCCGUGUUCGAAAACUUCUUGGACAAGGCUCCAAAGUCUGGCGGCUACGACGCGGUGCGGCAAAGUGUGGUGCUGCUGGUCGGCUCGCUGGCGCGCCAUCUCGAGCCUGAUGAUGCACGAAUCAAGCCCAUCACGUUGAGGCUCAUUGCCGCACUGUCUACCCCAAGCCAGCAGGUCCAAGAGUCCGUGAGCAACUGUCUCCCUCACCUGGUAUGCUCGCCCGCACUCGAGGGAGAGAUACCCGCCAUCAUGAACAAACUCAUGAAGCAACUACUCACAGCCGAGAAGUACGGAGACAGGAAGGGAGCAGCAUACGGUAUCGCCGGCAUCAUCAAAGGUCUCGGCAUCCUCUCGCUGAAGCAGCUCGAUGUGAUGGGGAAACUGACCGAGGCCAUUCAGGAGAAGAAAAAUUAUAAGUACAGGGAAGGCGCUCUGUUCGGCUUCGAAAUGCUCUGCUACAAACUUGGCCGUCUCUUCGAGCCUUACAUAGUCCAUGUACUACCCCACCUGUUACUCUGCUUCGGCGAUAGCUCGCAAUAUGUGCGUGCCGCCGCCGAUGAUACAGCGAAACUGAUCAUGAGCAAACUGAGCGCUCAUGGUGUCAAGUUGGUGUUACCGUCGCUGUUGCAAGCGCUGAAUGACGAUAACUGGAGGACUAAAGCCGGAUCAAUCGAACUCCUCGGCGCUAUGGCGUACUGCGCGCCGAAACAGCUGUCCUCAUGCUUGCCGUCCAUCGUGCCGAGACUGAUAGAGGUGUUAUCAGACUCGCACAUGAGAGUGCAGGGCGCAGGCGCGGAGGCGCUCAAGGUCAUCGGGUCCGUCAUCAGGAACCCUGAGAUCCAAGCAAUCGUACCGGUUCUCCUACAAGCGCUCCAAGACCCCUCAAACAAGACCUCCGCCUGUCUCCAAACGCUCCUCGACACCAAAUUCGUGCACUUUAUCGACGCCCCCUCCCUCGCUCUGAUCAUGCCUGUUGUCCAACGAGCGUUCCUCGACCGAAGCACGGAGACAAGGAAAAUGGCGGCGCAAAUCAUUGGGAAUAUGUACUCGUUGACGGACCAGAAGGAUCUGAUGCCGUAUCUGCCUAAUAUUAUACCUGGGUUGAAGAGUUCACUGUUGGAUCCUGUGCCUGAGGUCCGUUCCGUAUCCGCGCGCGCUCUAGGCGCCAUGGUGAAGGGUAUGGGCGAGAGCAGUUUCGAGGAACUCCUCCCUUGGCUGAUGCACACCCUCACCUCGGAGUCCAGCUCGGUGGACCGCAGCGGCGCCGCGCAGGGGCUCAGCGAGGUGGUGGCCGGCCUGGGGGUCCACAAGCUGCACAAGAUCAUGCCGGACAUAAUCGCGACAGCGGAGCGCACCGACAUCGCCCCACACGUGAAAGACGGCUACAUCAUGAUGUUCAUCUACAUGCCCGGCGCCUUCACCGACGAAUUCACCCCCUACAUCGGCCAAAUCAUCAACCCCAUACUCAAAGCAUUAGCCGACGAGAACGAAUACGUGCGAGAAACCGCCUUGAAGGCUGGACAAAGAAUUGUUAACCUAUACGCCGAAAGUGCUAUAACUUUACUGUUACCCGAGCUAGAAAAAGGCCUGUUCGACGACAAUUGGCGUAUCAGAUACAGCUCAGUACAACUACUAGGAGACUUGUUAUACCGUGUAUCGGGUGUUAGUGGUAAGAUGAGUACGGAAACUGCGUCGGAAGACGAUAACUUCGGUACGGAGCAGUCGCAUAAGGCGAUUAUGUCGGCGCUGGGCAAUGAGAGGAGGAAUAGAGUGUUGGCUGGGUUAUACAUGGGCAGGAGUGAUGUUGCUUUGAUGGUGCGGCAGGCGGCGCUGCAUGUGUGGAAGGUGGUUGUGACCAACACACCUAAGACGCUGCGUGAGAUCCUCCCAACCCUGUUCGGGUUACUGCUGGGCUGUCUCGCUUCCACCAGCUAUGACAAGCGUCAGGUCGCCGCCAGGACUUUAGGAGACCUAGUGCGCAAGCUGGGUGAACGCGUCCUUCCCGAGAUCGUACCCAUCCUCGAACGAGGUCUAAAAUCCGAUCGCGCCGACCAGCGCCAGGGCGUCUGCAUCGGCUUAGGAGAAAUCUUGGCUUCCACAUCAAGAGACGCUGUACUAUCGUUCGCCGACGGACUAGUGCCUACUGUGAGAACUGCUCUAAGGGAUCCGCUGCCUGAAGUGCGAUUGGCUGCUGCCAGGACUUUUGACAGCUUACACGCGACGAUUGGUAAUAAGGCACUAGAUGACAUUUUGCCUCAGAUGUUGGAAGGGCUCAAUGACCCCGACCCGGCGAUCGCGGAGGCCACCCUAGACGGUUUGAAGCAGGUGAUGGCGAUAAAAUCCCGCGCCGUGCUGCCGUACCUCGUGCCCGUGCUGACCUCGGGCGCGGCGGACACGCGCGCGCUGUCGGCGCUGGCGGCGGCGGCGGGCGGCGCGCUGGCGCGGCACCUGCCGCGCGUGCUGCCCGCGCUGCUGGCCGCGCUGCACGCCGCGCGAGGCACCGCCGCCGAGGCCAAAGAGCUCGACCACUGCAGGAACGCGCUGCUGCCCGUCACCGACGCGCAGGGCGUCCGAUGCAUAAUCGACAUGCUGCUCGAAGCCAUCCGCACCAGCGAGGGCGACAAGCGGCGCGCCGCCGCCUCGCUCCUCUGCGCCUACGUCACGCACACGCGCGCCGACCUCACGCCAUACGUACCUCAACUACUCCGAGGCCUCAUCCUACUCUUCGCCGAAACCGACCGAGACGUCCUGCAAAUGGCCUGGGAGGCGCUCACGGCGCUAACUAAGACGUUGGACGCGGAGAGGCAGAUAGCUCAUGUGGCGGAUAUAAGGCAGGCUGUGAGAUAUGCCGCGUCGGAUCUGAAGGGAGAGCUGCUGCCUGGCUUCUGCUUGCCUAAGGGCAUAGCGCCAAUCCUGCCGCUCUUCCGCGAGUCCAUCCUCAACGGUCUACCCGAGGACAAGGAGGCUGCCGCGCUCAUGUUGGGAGAAGUCAUCACGUUAACUUCAGCGGCCGCUAUACAGCCCUCCGUCGUACACAUCACUGGACCCCUGAUCCGUAUCCUGGGUGACAGGUUCAAUGCCAGUGUCAAGGCAGCUGUACUCGAGACGCUGGCUUCGUUACUCUCAAAGGUUGGCGUCAUGCUGAAGCAGUUCCUGCCACAACUCCAAACGACCUUCCUAAAGGCGCUGAACGACCAAUCGCGCCCAGUCCGUAUCAAGGCCGGCCUCGCGCUCGCACAACUAGUACGGAUACAUACACGCGCCGAUCCGCUCUUUGUCGAGAUGCAUAACGGCAUCAAGAACGCCGACGACCCCGCUAUUAGAGAAACUAUGCUGCAGGCUCUAAGGAGCAUAAUUACAGGUGGAGGCGACAAGAUGUCCGAGCAACUAGCGCUAAGCGUGCUAGCAACCCUAACAAGCCCCGCCCUAUUGGCCCACCCUGACGACCCGCCCCGCGGCGCGGUCGGCGGCUGUCUCGGCGCGCUGUUGCACUGUCUCCCUCCCACACAUAGAGAUGCGGCGUUGCUACAUCAUGUGUUGGCUGGAGGGAACACGACGAUCACGGAAGCGGAUUGGAUGCUAGCUCAUGGGAGGUCUUGUGCGCUUUUCGUCGCAUUAAAAGAGACGCCUGAGGUAGUUUACACGGAACAGUUCGAAGAGAAGAUAGAAAAGGCCCUCCUAGGAUACCUAGCCAGCGACAAAGUACCGAUCGCAUGCAACGGUCUCCGCGGCAUGGGGUACCUUAUGAAGCACCUUCUGGAACAUGAUCGUGCACCACCACAAGUCAUACUCACACAGUUCGUCAGGAGCAUGAACCACAGCAACAACGAGGUAAAGCAGCUGAUGGCGCGCGCCAGCACCAUGCUCGGGCGCUCCGGCGCGCUGCGGGGCACAAGGGGCCCCGACGUGCUGCGGCCGCUACUGCCGGCCUUAGUCAACGGGACCAAGGAAAAGAACACAUAUGUCCGCGCGAACGCUGAGCUCGCGCUGCGCGCCGUGCUGUGUCUGCAGAACGACGAGACCUUCCACAAGCAAUGUCUGUCCCUCCUCGAGGAAGGCGCCCGCGAGGCGCUCAGCGACGUGGUGGCCCGCGUGCUGCGCCGCGCGCUGCAAGACGGCCGGGACGAAGAUCUCGACGUCACGCUGCUCACCUGAGCACCGCUGUAUCUGUCAUACUCUAAUAUACUGUAUCUACCA